AUGUGUUUUAUACAUAGUAACGUCCCAGGGUCUAGCAUAAAUACGCGGAGUACAUUCUGGGAUAAAGACGUCCAGAAGAGAUUGGGGGACCUGUCCAGUGCUAUGACGAAUGGGGGUACAACGGACCAUGCUUCAUGCAACGACAUUACAGUGACAGAUGGUUCAUCUGUAGAAUCAAACAAGCAAGCAUGUAAUUAUAUUGUUCGGGGAUUAGAGCAUAUAUAUCGUAUUCAAAAGGAAGGUGAUAGAACCAAUGCUGAAAAUAUAAGAAAGUCGGAUGAUAACCAAUUAUUUACGAGAACUAUGAAUUGUGUUCUAUUAAAUGCAUACGCAGACAGAUUGGAACAACAGUCGCCUUGUUCCCAAAACGAAGGCGUGAAGCACGCCUUCAAUGCUGGGAACCAACUUUGGAAUACUAUAUGUAAGAAUAAUGGUGAUACUAAUUGUGUUCCUUGUAAAAGGGAACCUAACUUCGAUUGUGAAAUAGAGUAUAAAAAUAAAAGUUACAAUGACAAAACCGAAGUAAAGGACGAAGUGGAAAAACUGCUCCAGCAGAAUGGGCAAAUAACAAAUUCUUUGUCUACUAUAAGUUCUACUAAUAAUACCUUAUGUCAACGUGUACAAUGUGUAACAGUUAAAUGGUUUAAGGACAGAAUAUAUUCAGAAUAUAGAAAGCAGGAUUGGUGUACAUUCUGGCGGGAGAAUGACGUGGGAAAAGUAUUGAGAGAUCUGUCUACUGCUAUGAAGAAUGGAAGUAAAACAGACGACAAAUACUGCGAUGACAUUACAGUGACAGAUGGUACAUCAAAUCCGCAGGCAAACAAAAAAGCAUGUAAUUUUAUUGCUAGGGGGUUGGAAGACAUAUAUAAGAUUGAGCCAUAUGGGGGUUGGACGGGGAAUGGUGCUGAGGAAAAAAAGAAGAAGAACAACAACCAACAAUUUUAUCGAACUAUUGGAUGCGCCUUCCUGAAUGUGUACGCCGAUAUGCUGGAAAAACUGCCUUGUGUAAGCAACGAUGUCGUACAAAAGGCCUUUGGUAAAAGUGAUCAAAUUAAAACUAACUCAACUACAUGCAAGACAGAUCCUAAUUGUGUUACUUGCACAAGGGAAAAAAAUCUAAAGUGCACACUAAGCGUGGAGGAUAAUCUGUUGAAUAAGGUAAAAGGUACAAGUUGCGAAGGGGACAAACAAAAUAUACAUAAGAAGUUGGGUAAAAUGCUCAACCCAAAUGAGAACGGGGACCCAAAAGUAAGACAAGCUCUGAAAGAAAUAAAUAACAUAUGUCCACCACCUCCAUCAGUCAAACCAGCCACAGCAGCAAAACCGGUAGAAGCACCAGCAGCUGCUGCACCAAGUGGACGAUCUGAUGGGGACACAGAACCCGUACCAGUAUUACCUCCAGGAGUACCAAGUGGACCUCAGCAGGCAGAUUCAAAUAAAGCACAACCAGGUAAAACUCCACAAAUAAAGGCAGAUAAGGUUGAUAUCUCGAUGCCGGAAGCCGGUGGUCAAGCUCAUAUUGAAAUUACUCCCGGAGUAUUGACGCAGCAGGUCCUACUGUUACUGUUACAGCUAAUCAAAGUCCUGGUUAUUCCGGCCCAGGACCCACACAUGCUGCUACAAAUUUCUCAGGACAACCUACCGGUUCUUCUGGUCCAGGUGGUGUUCCAGGUGCGGGUGUUAGUCCCGAGAGUGUUGGUGGUAACAGUCAAGGUGGUGCUCCAGGUAGCGACAGUAAAGGUCCAGGUGCUUUGGUACCUGGUGUUCCACCUGCAGGUGUCCCAGGUGCUCCAGUAUUUUUUCCUUGGUAAAAGAAGAAAACGUCACAGAAGAGCUCAUCAAGUAUCCGGUUCUCCUCCUUUAGGAGAACUCCUUGCUCAUGUGGACGACCAGGCAGAUGGUCCACGUGCAUAUACCUUAGUAAAGGAACGCAGACAACGAAAAUCUACUCCAACGGGAAUAACGAAGAGGCCAAAAAAACAGGGCGUUGGUCACCGCAUGAUUAUUGAUAUUCAUUUAGAAGUCUUAGACGAAUGUCAGAAAAGCGACUUACAUUCGACGAAGGAAGAUUUUCUUAAAAUCAUUGUGGAAGAAUUUAUGGGAAGUGAGUUCAUAAAAGAGGAAAAGACUCGUGAGGAAGUUGUUCCUAAGGAACAGGUUCCAAGUUUAUAUUCCGGGUUUAGGGUGUAG